UCUUAUGGAAUAAUUUAGUUGUCUGCUGUACUUUUUACUUAGAAGCACUGCACACUUCAAACAAUUGCAAUCAUAUAAUUUUUCAUGUCCUUAUGUAUUUAUUUUGUUUUGAGGUUAUCAGUCCCUUAUACUCUUCUUCUGGCAGAUAACUGCUGACAUGUCAAUUAUUUUAAAAUAAAAUCACAUUGUCCUUUUUUCUCCAAUGGUAAAGCAUAAAUUUGAGACAAGGAGACUACACAUUAAUAAUGUUUAAGCCAUAUAUUACUAUUUAAACAAAAGCUAGAUCAGAUGCACAGCUUAGCUUAUGUCACUCUGAUAUAAUGGCACUUCCCUUGUCUUGUCAGUUUUUCUGGAGUUUCUCAUUUACAGGCUCUGCUUACUGUAAUCCUUGUAAAUAAUGACACUAAGAGAAAAAAAUGGUAGUUGUAGCAGGACCAGUGUUCCUUUGAGACUAUGACUUAAAGGGACCUUACAUUUUUUUUUUAACAUUAUAAUUUAUAUGUGAAACAACCUCAAGUAACUUGAGAUUGUUUCACAUAAAUUAUAAUGAUAAAGCUGCUUUAUGAUAAUGUUUUUACAGUAUUAUGCAUCCUGCCAAUCUGCCAUCCAUCUCCUGUGCUUGAAGACCAAAAUAAAAAAUAAGUAUCACUUAAUCUCCUUGUGCAACAAAUAAAUCUCAGUUUUUAAUAAAAAGCGAAGUUAGGUAAGCUUUUAUUUCUAGCAAGUGGCAUGAUAGAUAGUAUCUGAAAAAUAUGCUUUUAAUACUAUAAAUAACUAAUCUUAUUUCCUAUUUUACAUUGAAUUGUUGCAGGAGACGAAGUGUGUGCCAGUUGCGUUUCCACUGCAGAGUCUCAACUCUGCCAGCAACUGAGCUGCCUAGGAAGAGGAGGAAGAGGAGCUGCCUAGUGCCACUGACUGCUCUAGAGGACGCGGCUAGAAUUACGUUAACUGCGUUCAGUAUUCAAAUUUUCAUUAUCUUGAAAAUGGAAAACACAAUAUCUAACCUUCAAAAUUUUUCAAGAUUGGACUAUCCAUCAAAAGUUGCACUAAUAAAUAAUGGAAGACCAAUGCCUGAGCUUAAGGGCUUGGUUCAAAAAGAGAAAACCAUGAUACGGACAUUCAGGAUAGAGUGGUACCAAAGGAAAGAAUGGUUGUGUGGCUGUGCUACGAAGAACCGCCUUUACUGCUUUUCAUGUAUAUUGUUCUCCAAUAACGAAAAUGUUUGGACAAGUACUGGAUUUGCUGACUUGAAAAAUCUGUCAAGGGCCAUCAACAAACAUGAAAAAUCCACAAGUCAUAUUCAAAACCAAAUUAGUUUAAAAACAUUUGGAAGUGGGACAAGGAUAGACCUGUCUUUGAAUGAACAGCGGAAAAGAAAUAUCAGCAACCACAAUGCUAAAGUGAAAGAAAACCGUGAAAUUUUAAAACAGCUUAUUAAGGCAACCUGUUAUCUAGGCAAACAGGAAAUAGCAUUUCGUGGUAACGAGGAGGGUGCAACAUCUUAUAAUCGUGGCAACUAUGUGGAGCUAUUACAUUCUUAUGCAGAUGAUAAUGCACGUUUGGAUACACAUUUGAAGACAUCCACUGUGUUUUCUGGAUGUUCAAACAGAAUUCAGAAUGACUUAAUUGAAGCAGUCGCUGAUGUAAUAAGAGAAGAUAUUAAAACAGAGAUUGAUGCAGCCCCAUUUGUUGCUGUUCAAGUAGACGAGACAACUGAUAUAACAAACAUAACACAGAUAUCUGUAAUUUUGCGUUAUGUGUGUACAAGGGAGGAGACUUGUGAGGUGAAGGAGGCAUUCUUAGGCUUUGAUCAAAUCGUUGACAGAAGAGCACCAGCUAUUGCAAAUUAUGUAUUGGGAGUGUUGGAGAAAUACAAUUGUCUUGAAAAGCUGGUAGCUCAGACUUACGACGGAGCCUCUGUGAUGGCAUCAGAUCUUAAUGGGGUGCAGGCCAAGAUUAAAGAAAAAAUACCAGAAGCCACUUUUAUACAUUGUUAUGCCCACAAGUUAAACCUGGUGCUCUCCCAUUCUGCCAAAUCUAUACCUGAGUGUAAAGUUUUUUUUUCAACACUUGAGGGAAUGGCCACGUUUUUCAGUAAGUCAACCAAGCGCACUCAAGUACUGGACGACUUUGUGAAGCGACGUUUACCAAGAUCAGCACCCACCAGAUGGAGUUCACAUUCCAGACUAGUGCAUACAGUCAACAUGUUCCAAAUUGAUCUGCGUGCUAUGUUCCAGUUUAUCCGACAAAAUCCAGCUGAUUGGGACAAUGAGGCCUAUAUAAUGGCAAAAGGCUAUAAUAGCUUUCUUUAUAAAUCUUCAACCUGCUUCUUGCUAAUGGCAUAUGAGGCCAUUUUCCUACAAACUGACAUACUCUUUCGUUUGCUGCAGAACAAACUGAUGGAUGUUGGAUUCUGCUGUCGGCGAAUUGAUGACACUAUGAAAUUUCUGGAAAGCAAGAGACAAGAGUUUGACACUUUCUAUGGGGAAUUUGAGGAGAAAUGCGUCAGACUGGGGCUGACAGAUAACGAAAGAACAAGAAGUAGAGAGCCAAUUAAAGAUGUGAGGAGAAGAUUGUUUUACAACAUUAUAGACAAUGUCACUGUUCAAAUGAGAGUUCGCUUUGAUAAAUUUAGUGAGCUUGAAUUCCUUAGUUUGGUCGAUUGCACCAAACUGCUCGAGAUGUCAAAAAAUAUUGAUGACGAAAAACUGCAGAGCCUUAGAAAAUAUGCCAAAUAUUUUGACUUGGUUAGACUAAAAUGUGAUCUAGUUGGAUUGUAUGGUUCUGAAGUUUUAAGGACUGAAUGCAAAUCACCUGGAGAUCUCAUGAAAUUUUUGGCCAAAAACGAUCUGAUGCAGACUGUUCCAGAGGCUGUUAAACUACUGCAUCUUGUUCACACAAUACCAGCUACAACAGCCUCUGUUGAGCGCUCAUUCUCUGCUUUAAAGAGAAUUAAAACACACACCAGGAAUAGAACUGAUCAGGGACGACUAUCAUCCCUGGCAAUUUUAGCCAUUGAGCGCAGAAGAUUGGUAGAGUUUCAUGACAAAGACAAUGAAGGCUUUAUGAAUAAAGUGAUUGAAAAUUUUGUAAAAAAAGACCGCCGAAUGGACUUUGUUUAUAAAUAAGGGAGCGGAGUAAAGCUAUUCAAAUAGAAAACAACUUUUGGUUAGAUGUUUAAACGGUUGAAGUUAUUUAUAAA